UAACAUGCUACGCCCUCAUAGCUUUCACGGUUGUGCCUAGCAUGCUGUACUUCUAUUUCGAGGAGCAGGAUCUCUUGACUAAGAUGAAUUCGGUGGGUCCCGUGAGCCACUGGAUUAUGAGCGGAAUGAAUUAUACCUCUUUGCUGUGGCGCAGCGAGGACAUACGUCGUUGCAUCGAGCACAUGGAGAGCGAUUGGUGCGCGGUGAGCAGAAACGUGGAUCGCGGAUCGAUGCUCAGAUACGCCAAAUUCGGCCGUUCCGUGGCUGGAUUUUGCGCCGUUUUCAUGCACUGCGGUGUGUUCUCGUACAGUGUGGUGAACAGUUUAACGCCGAUGAUCUUCGUGAUCGGCAACGAGACUAUCUUGGCGCGACGGCUCCCUUGUCCGUUCUACAGCAAGCUAUUGGACACCAGCCGCGAUCCGGCGAACGAGAUCGUGCUGAUGAUACAAUUCCUGUCCGGUUUCAUAGCUAAUUCCAUCACCGUAGGUGCGUGCAGUCUCGCCGCGGUUUUCGCGAUGCACGUGUGCGGCCAAUUCGCCGUGCUCUACACGUGGCUGAACGAGCUGAUCGACGACAGAAAGGAGAAGCAGACCGCCGAGCGCAAACUGGCGAACAUAGUCGAGCAUCAUCUACGUGUGCUAAAUUUCAUAUCACGCUUCGAAAAAAUUAUGAAUCAAAUAUGCUUGGUGGAAUUAUUUGGAUGCACGAUAAAUUUGUGCCUGCUCGGCUUCUGUACUAUCAAGGAAUGGAAUGCAAGAAACACGAAGACUAUAACAACAUACGGUCUUGUGUUCAUAUCAUUAUCUUUUAAUAUCUUUAUAUUUUGUUACAUCGGUGAAAUAAUCACGGAGCAGUGUAAAAAGGUUGGCGAAAUGGCUUACUUUACUAAUUGGUACCUUUUACCUCAUAAAACUGCCCUUGGAAUGGUGCUGAUAAUAUCGAGAUCCGGUGUUGUGAUUAAAAUUACUGCUGGAAAAUUGAUUCAACUCUCUUUAAUGACAUUUGGUGACGUGAUUAAAACAUCUGCGGCAUAUCUGAAUAUACUUCGUACUAUAAUGUAACAUAUUACGUAAAAAAUAGGCGUCAAUUAAAUACCCAAGCAAGAGGAAACUAUUUUAAAGCUAUUAGUAAUGCCACUUUUCUUAAUUAUUAAUAAUAAUAUAAUUAUUAAACUCAAUUAGGCAAUA